AGAAUAAUCUUAGCUAUGCAAUGAGAUGUCUUGGUUGUUUCAAACAAAAAUCUCUAAAUCACACUUUUAUGUGUGGUAUCUCGGCUCAAAAGAAGCAGACGGUGUUCGAGGAUCAGCGGUAGUGCUGCCAAUCAUGCGUCAAUUACUAAAGGAUAGUUUCAAGAAAACUCCCAGCAAAGCAACUGUACAGAUCUCAGCGAAAGGUCUCAAACUGAUUCAAUCAGUUCCGGCAAUGUCCCGAAGUGGGAAAAUAAAAACACAGUUGGCAAAGUUUCAAAUCGCAGCUAGCUGUAUCACAUAUAGCAUGACGGGCAAGGCGCCAUUCGACGAUGUGGUCGGUGUCGUAAUGUUGGUACUAAAUCCAGAAAUGAACUCACCAAUGCAUGUGCACUGCUAUCGAUGUGAUAGCCCAGAAACUGCACAGAUUAUGCAUGCCAAUAUUCAGCUCCUGAUAUCUCGCCCAGAAAUCCAACGCUCAAUAAUGGAUCUUGAGCAACGUUUAUUCCUCGCUGGACUACUUGUACCACGGUCAAAAAUGCAGACCCGAUCAGCGUCUCAUACAAGGAACGGUAUGACACGAGCCGUGUCCGAUGACUUCAUGCAUCCAUUCAUACGUGAUAGUCAUACGAGGAUUUUCCCCGGUGAAAACUCGUCCUCCAAACCUAAGUCAGUCGACAGAAAUCGGCAGAAUAUGCCGAAACGAGUUGUCGACGAACUGAAGACGAAGCUCAGCAACAGCGAAAUACGAGUAAUGCGGAACUCGUUCCAGUCGAUAGAUCUCCGUGACAGUCCGCCGUCGGCUUUUACAAAUAAACGUACUAAUCCGCCAUUUCGAAUGUUUGGCGACACGAUGUUGAGAGGAGAAAAGUCGAGGAGUUUGGAAAACUUAGGAAAUAUUGUCUCUAAAGACCUCCGUGGAGGAGAUAAUCCACCUAACUAUCGUUUUUCUCGGAUAGACUCGUCACGACCAUUCGGUCAAACCGGAGAUUUAGAAAAGUCGGAUGGAUUGUGGAAACCGAAUGUACGACGGAUGUCCAGUAUUCGUAUGAAUUUAUGAUGAGCUCAUUUCGAAUUAAUGUGAUGCGUGUGCAUAAUAACUUCGUGAUUCAAAAAAGCUUUGUUUAUACGCAGAUAAAAAAUA